AUGCCAUCCAAUCGAGCAGCCUGGUUAACAGCCAAAUCUGUGCGACCACUAGAAGUCAAAACCGCCCCUUACACAUCCCCAUCGACCAACGAAAUCGUUAUCAAGAAUGGUGCUAUUGCAGUCAACCCGGUAGAAUGGUCUAAACAACUCGUUGGAGAUAUGAUGAUCUCAUGGAUCAAAUAUCCAUUCAUUCUCGGCAACGAUCUCGCCGGUGAGGUCGUGGAAGUUGGCCCGGGGGUGACACGCUUCAAGCCCGGUGAUCGCGUCCUGGGUCACGCACUCUCAAUGGAUCCAACCGUGAACAAGAACUCCGAGGGCGCAUUUCAGGAGUACACGGUUGUGCGCGCGAACAUGGCAUCACCGAUUCCGGAUGACCUCUCCUAUGAGGAAGCCUGUGUCCUACCACUAGGACUGUCAACAGCCGCCUGCGCGUUAUUCCAGAAGGAUACACUCGCACUCAACUACCCAGAUGUAGCGGCUACUGGGACGGGCGAUUCAAAGAAGACAGGAAACGAAGCGCUCCUGAUCUGGGGUGUAUCUAGUAGUGUUGGAUGCAAUGCUAUCCAGCUCGCUGCUGCCGCGGGGUAUGAUGUCUUUACCACCGCUUCUCCGAAGAAUUUCGAAUACGUUACUAGUCUGGGAGCUAGCAAGGUAUUUAAUUACCGUAGUAGUACUGUUAUUCCAGACAUCAUCAGAGCUUUUAAUGGGAAGAAACCUGUUGGCGCGAUCGCGAUCGGUAACGGGUCUACGGAAGCUUGCAUUGAGAUCCUUUCCAAGACCAAUGGAUCAAAGUUCGUUGCGCAGGUCAGUUUCCCGUGGCCGGAGAAGACUCCAACUACGGCUUUGGCCCUUUUUGGUGCCAUGAUGGGACUCAUGUGGUGGAACUUGAGCAUCUUUUUCAAAUCAAAGCUGAAGGGCGUGACGGCGAAAUUUGUGUUUGGGAGUACUUUGUACAAUAAUGAAGUUGGUGGGAUAAUCUACGAUGACUUUUUGCCGGACGCGUUAGUGCAGGGAAGCUUCGUGAUGGCUCCUCAGCCUUUGGUGGCCGGGAAGGGAUUAGAAAUGAUCCAGGAGGCUUUGGAUUUUCAUAUGAAGGGGGUCUCCGCGAAGAAAGUGAUUGUUUCAUUGUAG